AUCGAUUACUCGUAUCUCAUUCAUAAACCUCAUUUUCGUAAACAUGCAAUAAUCUCGUCUGCCACAUUUACCUUGUUGUAAUUCUCAUAUACAAAUCAAGUGUACGAAAUGCUUGCAUAAAGUAUAUUCGUAUUCCUUUGCUGCAUAAUGGAAAAUCACGAGGAAGAUGAUUUAGAGGAAUUGCGUUCUACAAUAUAUACAUUCCCACCAAACGUGCAGAAUGUGAUAGAACAGGUCCUUCCUAGCACCGAUCCGUUAGAUCAAUCCAAUUUUAAUGUGGUGGAUUAUAUAAAUUCUUUAUUCCCUACGGAACAAUCUUUGUCAAACAUUGAUGAUGUAGUGAAUGACAUGCAGUUUAAAAUACAUAAUAUUGAUAAGGAUAUACGGUCAGUCGUACGUGGUCAGACAAAUGUAGGCCAAGAUGGGAGGGCGGCAUUAGAAGAUGCGCAGAAAGUUAUAAGACAAUUAUUUGUCCAUAUAAAAGACAUAAAAGAUAAGGCGGCACAAUCAGAAGAAGUGGUCAAGGAAAUCACAAGGGAUAUUAAGCAACUGGAUUUUGCUAAAAGAAAUCUUACUGCUUCAAUAACAGCGCUGAAUCAUUUGCACAUGCUUGUAGAAGGAGUUGAUACCUUAAAAGUAUUAACACAAAAGAAACAAUAUGGAGAAAUUAUCUUACCAUUGCAAGCAGUGAUGGAAGUAAUGCAACAUUUUAACAGCUAUAUGGAUAUACCACAAGUGAAGCAAUUAUCUGAUCAAGUAUAUCAAAUUCAUGUUGAGUUGGCUCAGCAGAUCACAGCAGAUUUCAAACAAGCUUUUUCAGGCCAAAAUCCAAAGCAUUUCAAUCAAUUAACAGAAGGAUGUUUAGUAUUAUCAGUAUUAGAUCCUAAAGUGAAGAAAGAUCUGCUUAUUUGGUUUGUAAACAUCCAAUUGCAAGAAUAUGCACAUUUAUUUGAUGAAAAUCAAGAUUUUGCUUGGUUAGAUAAAAUAGAUCGAAGAUACGCAUGGAUCAAGAAACAUUUACUCGAUUUCGAAUCUAAAUUUGGUACAAUCUUUCCCCAAGAUUGGGAGAUUUCCGAGAGAAUAGCUGUACAGUUUUGCCAUGUUACACGUGAAGAUCUCACCAAAUUGAUGAACAAGAGACGUAGUGAAAUAGAUGUUAAAUUGUUGCUUUAUGCAAUUCAGAGAACCAGUAAUUUCGAGUCACUGUUGGCAAAACGUUUUAUUGGUAGUACUUUGGAAACUACCGAUGCUAAAAGUGCAAUAGUCAAUAAUGACGCGACUGAACAAGUUCCAAGAAAUCCCUUUGAAGAAGAAAAUGAGAAGAUUGAAGCUGAGAAAUCGAAAUCUUCUCCAUUCGCAAAUCUUAUAGGAAGAUGUUUUGAACCAUACCUGAAUAUCUAUAUAGAAAGUUUAGAUCGCAAUUUAGCAGAUCUAAUGGAUAAAUUCGUAUCCGACUCUAAAACGCAGCCGCCAGGUGCCAAAGAAUUCGAUGGCAUUGAAGGUCCGAGCAGUGUUUUAAGUUCAUGUGCUGAUCUAUUUGUGUUUUACAAGAAGUGUAUGUUGCAAUGUACGCAACUUAGCACUGGCUUAAUUAUGCUAAGCCUUACUGAGACCUUCCAAAAAUACCUACGAGAAUAUGCAAUCAAAAUCUUACAGAAUAAUUUGCCAAAAAUCGGAGGUAAUGCAGGUAUCGGCACCAGCAUGAGCAACAUCACACGUGACUUUCGAGAUCUAUCAACAUCAGGCUUUAUACAAAAUUUCCAGAGUUUUUUGAAAGAAGGAGAAAUUGCCAGAUUUAACAAAGAGGAACAAAAUCGUAUAUGCUGUAUUUUAACAACAGCGGAAUAUUGUUUAGAAACGACACAACAAUUAGAGGGAAAGCUCCGUGAGAAGACAGAUAAAUGCUAUUCCGACAAAAUUGUUUUAGCUCAAGAACAAGAUAAUUUCCAUAAGGUAAUUUCUCACUGUAUCCAAUUGCUAGUUCAAGAUUUAGAAACAGCUUGUGAAUCCGCAUUGACUGCUAUGACUAAGGUACAAUGGAGUUCUGUGGAAGUAGUAGGUGAUCAAAGUAAUUAUGUUAAUACCAUAAUAGCACAUCUUCGACAAACAAUACCUACCAUCCGAGAUAGACUAUCUUCUUGUCGAAAAUAUUUCACACAAUUUUGUCUGAAGUUUGCCAGCUCUUUCAUAGCAAAAUUAGUACAACAAUUAUUUAAAUGUAAACCAUUAAAUGCCGUUGGCGCAGAACAAUUGUUAUUAGAUGUCCACAUGUUAAAAACAGCUUUGUUGGAUCUUCCAUCAACAGGCUAUCAAGUACAAAGAAAAGCUCCAAUUACAUAUACCAAGGUUGUAGUUAAAGGAAUGGCAAAUGCUGAAAUGAUAUUAAAGAUUGUAAUGUCCUCAAUUGAAUCUCCUAUAGACUUUGUCAAACAAUGCAGAAUGCAUUUACCCGAUUUGCAAUCUUCAGAAUUCCAAAUUUUAGAUAUGAAGGGAUUGAAGAAGACUGAACAAAUUCAAUUUGUUGAGCAAUUUAAACAACUCGAAAGCGCGAAUACUGCAAACACUACAAAGAGUGUAGUACACGAUAGUCCAGAACAUGAAGCUGGAAGAAUUAAAAGACUAGAAAAGCUCGUCAAAAAGAGAAUUUAAAAAUAUUAAAUAUUCUAAUAUUUUUUCAUUGUAAUUGUACAUAUUUAAUAUAUACGAAUUCUUAUUUUAAGUUAUGAUAAGAAAGAACCCUCUCCCCCCUUUAUACAAAAUGGGAACAUAUGUGAAUGUGUGGGAAUACUUUAUCAAAUAAAUAUAAAUAUAGCUGUA